UCAUCCCAAUACUGGCCUCUGAUUGGUUGUUCUCAAUGUGGCGUUAUUGCGUGCUAUGGCGGACAGCGGUAUUGUAGGAGGAUGGCCUCCUCUCAAUGAAGACAUGUCUGAAGCGAAUGGAGGCAACAGUUUUGCCAUGGUUGACGGAUUUGGCAUCAACGAACUUGGGGGCCUUGAUGACCUGUUCUCUGACAAUGGCCUCCUUUCGGAUUUGCCAGACCCUUUUACCAUGGAGGAUGAUGGAACCUUCGACUUUUUGGGCCUUCCUAACAAUUUGGCUUACAUGCAGCAGCCAGAGCAAAUUCAACAGCCAGCAUCAACCACAUCGCAGUUCUUGAUGCAUCAGCCGCUUUCCCAGCAGCCUCAACAGCAGCACAGCCCACUGUUGACAGCUCAUUCUGUUCCAACACCUGCCCCACCUCAAAGGCCCAAUGUCAACAUCAACUCUGGUCCAACGCCCAGUCUUUCUGUCCUUCUUCAACAAGGACCUGUGGGCUUCAGCCCUUCACAAGUACUCCAGAACCAGCAGCCUUCUAACAAUCCACAACAAUUGGCUGUACCAUUGCAUGCACAGCUCAAACAGUCGCAGCAGCUUGCUCUACCGCCUCAGCAGCUACAGAUGAAGAAGCAAAUAUCCCCCAAACCCACUCAAAUCAAGAAACAAGCUGCAAUACAGCAGAAACCAGUUGCACCUGCAACAUCACAACCAGGACAGAUCGUCUUACAAAGUGUUGGACAGCUUCCCAAUGGAGACAAAGUUCCCCAGGUUGUGGUUCAAGCUGCACAGCUCUUAAAAACUGAGCCAUUGGUGUCCAUACCAGCAACAACACUGAUGUAUACCACUUCAACAUCAUCAAGUCCCAACGGAACUCAACAGUGUCAGCCUGUUCACACAUUUGUUAAUGCCUCUGGUGGAACCAUUCUUGCCACUGGUAUUCCACUGGUAUUGGAUGCUGACAAAGUUGCCAUUAACAGAUUGCCCUCUGUUUAUCCUCAACAAUCGUCAAACCAAACUGCUCAACCUAGGGUGAAAGAAGUAAAACGCAGUGCCCACAAUGCCAUCGAGCGAAGAUACAGAACAUCCAUCAAUGAUAAGAUAAUUGAACUGAAAGAUAUGGUUGUGGGCCCAGAUUCAAAGCUGAACAAAUCUGCCAUUCUCAGAAAAGCAAUUGAUUACAUUCGUUUUCUACAAAAUCAAAAUAAUCGAUUGAAGCAAGAAAAUCUACAGCUGAAGAUGAAUGCACCGAAGCAGAACCUUAAGGACCUUCUCACAACAACCAUUGUUCCUCCUGGAUCAUUUACACCUCCUCACUCGGACGUUUCAUCGCCGGAACUGUCACCGCCACACUCUCAUUCUGAUGCAUCACUUCCUCCUUCUCCUGAUUAUUUCCCCAAAAAGAAUGAGCUUAAGGAAGAAGAUGAAGAUGAUGAUGACGCAAUGAGUGGAUCAAGUGAUAGAAGUCAUCGAGGAAUGCUUGACACAUCUCGUGUAAUGCUGUGUAUGUUCAUGGUGACUGUGGUGGCUUUCAACCCUCUUGGGCUUGCAAUUCAUGGUGCAAGGUCAUUCAGUUCUCAGGAGUCUCAUGCUAGAGGCCGAAGCAUUCUGUCCAGCCAUGAUACAGAUAACUCUGAAGGGUGGUUUGAUGGUAGCUGGUUUAGUCCUGGAGCACUCUUGUUAUGGAUGAGCAAUCUGCUUGUGCUGACAGCCUGUCUUAUCAAGCUGCUUGCCCUCAGUGACCCUAUUAUCAGCUCAUCCAAAGCGUCUACAGCAUUUUGGCGCCACAGGAAGCAAGCAGAGUUCAACCUUAUUAAGGGUGAGAACAUUUCUGCUCAACAAGAGUUACGCCGCGGUCUCCAGGCUUUAGGCCGUCCUCUCCCGGCAUCACGAAUUGAACAAUGGAGCUGUGUGGCUUGGCAAAUAAUACGCCAAUGUUUGCAUCGCUUAUGGAUUGGCCAGUGGCUUUCUCGAAAUGGACCUACAAUUUUCUCUAGAAAUGGGCAGAGAGUAUCUGCUCAAAGCGCCCGGGAACUGGCUUUGGUGUAUCAUCGGCUGCAUCAGCUCCACCUUGUGUCCGAUGGUGUGAAUGCUUUGGACGACGGAGGGCCCGUGGGCACGGGCAAAGUGGCUGGGCUGGCUUUGGCGCUGAGUGCUGUCAACCUGGGAGAGGCUGCUGGUCAGGCCCUCUCCCACCACCAACUGGCUGACAUGUACGUGGCCUAUGCCCUUCGACUCAAGACCAUCCUGGCACCUUCAUUUCAGUCCUUGUGCAGGGGCUACCUGUCCUUGGCGCGCAGCCACGUCCUGAGAGCGACCGAUCCAGUCCCAGCUCGCCUGCAGUGGCUGCUAACGCCUUACGGUUGCCGCUUCUUGGUCAGCCAGCAGUGGAGCUACAACCCCGCCAGGUCCUCGCCAUUCAGCAUGUUGGGCUCCGCCGGCGACCCCCUCGCCUACGUCAUGAGGGAGUACCGCGAGCACUUGCUGGAGAGGGCCCUGCACACGCUGGUGCUGCCCGGCGGCCGCCUCGACGCUGGCGGCACUCCGAGCUCCAGCACGGAGGAGGAGCCCGCCCGGCGCGCCCAGACCCCCGACGCCCUCACCUUCAUCCAGUUGCUGCUCGAGAACUCCACGGACAUGGUGGACGGCGACACGGCAGCGGCCGCGGCCGCGGCGCUCCCGACCCGGAGCCAGCUGCAGGUUCCCAGUUGCGAGGACGAGUUGGCGCGCUGGUGGGCCUCCGUGGUGGGCGUGGCCGCGUACUGGCUCCUCGGGGAGGACACGCACGCCGAGAGGCUGUUCGCGCGCGUCGAGCUGCUCCCCGACGAGCUGGCGACGCAGCCCGACCCCGUGGCCAGGGCCGUGCAGAUGGCCUUCCGCGCCCGGAGGACGGUGGCGGCGGUGGUGCGGGGCCACCUGAGCCCGGCCUCGGGCGCCUCCCGCGAGGCGCUGCGCCUCUGCGACGCGGCCGGCCGCUUCCUGGAGGACAGCCUGGCCUACUGGAGCUGCAAGCAACCCAACGACCUGGUGCUGCUUGUGCAGUUGGUGGCUCUGGAUUGGCUGUUGGAGACUCGCACUGUUUUGUGGGAACAGGAGAGCUCUGAUUCAAUGACCUCGUUGCCCAAUGGCGACCUCGCUCCAGUGCCAGUCAGUCCGUGUGUUCUUGCUGGCUUCCAGAGGGAUGUGUGCAGCCUUAGACGUCUUGCUCAGCAGUUGCCUGCUGCUGUGCCGAGGGUGUUUGUGUCUGAAGCCACAGCUCGGUUGAUGGCUGGGGCGUCUCCAGGACGCACGCAGCAGCUACUGGACCGCAGUCUGAGGCACAGGACUCAGCGAGCCACUCCUAUUUGUGGAAAAGACCGAGACCGGCACGCGGGUGGGGACCGGGAGCACGCCGCGGCGCUGUUCUUGGCGUGCCGGCACCUGCCCGCGCCGCUGCUGUCCACCCCUGGAGAGCGGGCCGGCAUGCUCGCCGAGGCGGCCAAGACCCUGGAGCGCAUCGGCGACAAGAAGCGCCUGGAGGAGUGCUACCAGCUCAUGAAGUCCCUCACCUCCACCGUCAACGCGGCCUGAGUUCCGUCACAACUUCAGCUUUUGUUGUUUGGAAAAGAAAGAAAAAGACAAAUGCACAAAAAGAAUUCUGUCUCGUCCAUGGCUUUAGUGUAGUUUUUUUAAGGGUUGGCAAUGUGUGUAUGAGUAAGUUUGUAUAUAUGUCUAUGUGUGCGUGAUGUUGAUUGUAUGGCUUUUUAUGCCUUUCUAGUUUAUUUUCUCUCUAUUAACUGAAAGCUGUUUUUUUUUUAUAAUUUGAAAAGUCUUUCAAUCAUGCAUAUGUAUCAUUCCGUGUUUAGCCAUAUAGUUAGCUAAACACAGAUUUAAAAUUGCUUUUUUUGUUUGAAUUUUUGGUUUUGUUUGUAGAGAUGUUAAUUAAAUGUGCAAAUGUUGUAAUAGUUGGAAGUCUACCUAGUUUUAGCUGUACCUUUAUUAUUGUUGUAAGUAAAAUUUUGUGUCAUUUUUGUACAUAAGUAUGUCAUACAGACUGCAGCCAAUGUGAUGUCAUUAGACUGGUUAGACCAAUCAAAAGUAACGUUCUUCUGUUUUAAUUAAGAAAAAAAGUAUUCGUCAAAACUGUUAAUGUUGGUGGCUUGACUUAAUUGCAUCAAACAACUUUUUUCUUGUUUUUUUUUUUGUGUGUGUAAUUUUUAAAUAUGACAUCAUUUUUAAUCUUGAAGAAGAUUUCACUUUGAACAAAUCAGUUGCAUUUACAUUCUUACAGCCAGCAUCCCAUUAGAAAAAAAAUUGUUGCCUGUAUUUUUUUUCUGUUUUAGCUUUGCUCUUCUUAUAUGUAAAUUUUACAUAAUUCUCAUGUUUAAAUGUUACUCAUUCAACUCAUAUUUAUUUUCUCUCAGUGAGGGAGGUGUCUAUUAAAAUGUUCGUAACAUUUA